AUGACGCUAACUAGGGUUUUCGGUGUGGCCGUGGGCAGGGCCUUCAUGGCGGCGGCGGCGAAGAGUGCGGCCAAGGCGAAAGCUGUUCCGUCCGGCGGAGCCACGUCAAAGCCCGCGGUUAAGAAGACGGCAGUAACCAGAGGUAACAGCGGCAUACAGAAGGCGGUUCCGGUCUCUUCCGAGCUUGGCAACUUUCUAGGGUCUUCUGAAGUGUCGCGAACUGUCGCUGUUAAAAAAGUGUGGGAGUACAUCAAGCAGCAGAAUCUUCAGAAUCCUUCAAAUAAGAAGGAGGUCUUUUGUGAUGCAAAGUUGAAGACCAUUUUUGGUGGGAAAGAUAAGGUUGGGUUCACAGAUAUUGAUACAUUGCUGUCUAACCAUUUUGUGAAAUCAGCCUGA